AUGCCCGGCUUCAAGCCAACUAACACAUCAUCGCCUGCGAAGCCUCUCGUUGCAGCUCAACGUCCAUUAGUAUCUUUCCAGGCAACAAUAUCUGAUGUCUCCCGUGGGUCGGCGGCCUCGAAAUCUGAAUUACACAACCUGACGUCUGCGGAAAAUUCCCCCAACGCGACCUCGUUUCUCUCGGGACUAAAGGCGUACAACGAUGAACUGCACGAUCGGGGCUGGGAUAAUCAGACAGAGACGGUGCAUUACGGGAGGCUGCUGGAGCUCUGUAAACUCCGGGGACCAAGCUGGAAUCACAAAUGGGAGGGGGUGAAACAGCAGUAUAGCUAUAGCGGUGCCUCGAAGAUUCCAAUCCCUACGACGUCUGCCAGAGCACCCGUUCCGACUUCGAAGCCUGCGAGAUCAGCUGCCCGUCUCGCAACGCCUGUCCGCGACGAGGACGAUGAUGUGUUUACCCUUCACUCACACCAAGAUCAGGAACAGGAUGGAACUGCAACAGAAACAGAAACAGAAACCCCUUUUUCUGAUGCCGAAUCCGAACAGGUCCCUCUUCGACCCCUCACACGCCUGAACCAGGCUACGCGCCCCAACGCAUCAGUACAAUUGACACGGGUGACAAGGACGCCUGCAAGCCGCAAUUCAAACAAUAUCCUUCCACCUACUCUUACACGUGUAUCUACGCCCUGUCCCCAAACAGCCGCUGGUCGUCACCAGCCAGCUGUAUGGGAAGGAAUGUCAGACACCACCGACGAUGGUGAUGUACCAGGCUCUUUAUCAACUACUCCGCCAUCUUAUCGCGCUGCUGUUGCAACGCCUGUCCCUCAAAAAGCACGGGAUCGGCCGAUAGUUCGUGCAUCGUCACCGAUUAAAAACUCCGUAGCAGUCAGUGCGAUCACAAAGGGUCGCGAACGCAAGGGAAGCGUGAUCAAUGAAGAUGAAGCAUGGCAAAAAAUUAAGACGUCACGAGACGAGGAAGACGCGGAUAAGUUCCGUGAAGACAAACUUCUCGAACAUUGUUGGGGGAUCUGGGUUCUCGGUUACCAGUGGCUAGCGACAACGAACGAACAAGUUGCUCAAGCUCGAGAUAAUGUAAUCCUAGGUUCUUCAUUACGUUCCUGGCGGAAUGCUACUGCCUUGCGUCUUGAAAUGCACGCUCGCGCUGCCUCUAUUGCCGAUGCGCGCUGCCUUCGCUUCGCCCUUGGUGUUUGGGGUGCAAAACAUAAGCAGAAAAAACAGUUACAGUGGCGUCAUGACAUGCGCACCAAGAUGAAGACGGUUCGCGAAAGGCAUGAAACUAAACUUGUCAAAUAUGCAUGGACCAAAUGGCAACAGUCCCACCGCUCUCUUCUAAACGAGCUGCAGUACAAUGAACGCAUAGUUGCACGGUUUUUCCUGCGAUGGAAAAACUCUUUGUUAAAGCUAGAUCGCAUGGAUUCUGCGGCAGAUGAGUUUUCUCAGAGAAUCAAGGGGAGCGCUGCUCAUAGAGCAUGGAAGCACUGGAAAAAAGCUAUGGCUGCCAAAGAUGCCGGAAAAACCGUUGCACACAAGGCGGCACUCAGGAUCAAAGGAAUCGUGAUGGACUUGUGGAAGAAGCAGACCCGUGAGCGCCAGACUGCGGGUGCCUAUCGCGAUGUUGCUAUCUUAAAGCGAGCAAUAAGCACAUGGAAAACUACCAGAGAUCGAAUGCGUGUCACGGAAAAGCGUGCCGACAAAUAUCUCGCUCGUCAAGAUGUUUUUUUGCUCCGAGCCGUCGUCAGGGUUUGGAAGGCUCGCGAACGCGGGAAACUGCUCGAAAGGGUGAGAGACAUGCGUCUAAUGAAAAAUUCAAUGGCUGUUUGGAAAGAUCGCUUGCGAGAACGCAAGCAUCUCGAAGAUUAUGCUCUUGCAUUCUCCAUGCGCUCCGAUUCAUAUGGUGUCUCUUCAGCUCUGCGAACUUGGCAUCGGGUCUAUACAAUUUACCAAAAUCGCCGCGCCUUUGCUGUUCAGCGUAACCUUGCUCGUGUGCAGUAUGAUGCACUACUCAAAUGGCGUAUCCAGCUGAGGACAAAGAUGAAGCUGUUGAAACAAGCUCGAUUCGUGGAGAACUUCAUUCUUCAGCGAAGGAUUUUGAAAGCCUGGAAGGUCAAGUUUGAGGAACACCAAAGAUUGAAGAAACUCGAAGGCCUUGAGAUCCGUCGACUUCGCGCUUUCAUGACAGCAUGGCACCAGAAAUAUCAAAAAAAGCGAUUCCGUCGGCUGGCAGCGCAGCAAAUAUAUGACCUCGUAUCUCUGCGAAUAAAACGGGAUGCUCUAAGACUAUGGACCAAUCGUGUCAUUGAAAUCAAGUUACGGGAACUAGAAGUCAGCCAGAAGAGCGCCCACGCACUAAUAGUCUUCGCCUUCAAGAAAUGGAAGAACAUAUGUUUGCGCCAUGUUGAAGACCUGAGCCUCAUGGAGAGUCAUCUUGAUAUCAAACGGGCCGAGAGCGCCCGUGCUCGACGUCAUAAACGCAUUACUUUGCGCGAAAAGGAACUCGAAUUUGACCGGGCAAAUGUGCAGGUUGCUUGGAACAGAUGGAGAGAACGGUACAUGGAUGAGAAACUUCGACCCCUUAUGGCCAUUCAGAAUCAAAAGAAUCUCCUCUUCCGUGCAUUUGGUAUUUGGCAUUCAAAGACCCGAUCUCUCCCAGCCAUCCGCUUCCAGGCCUCACGGACCAAGAUGAGCUAUUGGGCUAUCUGGAGAGCUGCUAUGCCGCAGGCACUUCUGGCCAAAAGAGCCCGAGAGACUCAUAAUGAUGCCGUCCUAAAUCGAGCAUUCGAAAAGUGGCACCAAGCCUACAAAACAAAAACCCACUUGAAGGAAAUAGCUCGCGCUCGUUAUCUUCGUUUGCCGUCCGUUAGUCCGGGGCGAGCCAACCCGACACCCAAGCUCCCGGCACGCACGAGUCGCAGCCCAUUUCCUCGUCAAAAUACCCGUGUAGAAAGUGAAACAGAAGGCUCGGAAGUAGGUCCGAGCCGCCCUGCCGCUACUCGGUCUUCUGUUUUGAUUACCAGACCUGGCAUUGCACGUCUUCUUGCAAACCAAACCCGCCCCGAACCUGUUGGCCGCCAGAGCGCCAAGCCCCCGAGUCGGGGACCCCGUGAUCCCAGUCCGACGAGAUCGAACAAAACUUCCAUACCACCGUCCCAGGCACCGUCCUCACCUGUACGACCCAGGUUCACGGCGAGACGAGCUAUCAGCCCUGCGAAGUCCAAAAGUUCUUAUGCUAGGGAAGUUAGUCCUACUAGGUCAAAUUACACCUCCACACCUAGGGAGGAGCCCGAGCGCAGUCGACUCUGGCAGGAAUUGAGACAAGUGCAGAAGAGGCCAAGACCCCUAACGGAAAAGUCACGAACACCUGAACCUCCAUGA